CAAGUAUCAAAUGUGAUCUGUCGGUCGCCAUGGAAAAGGCCAGCUCUGCAGCUGAAGGCAGAAAAAGCUUCGCAUUUUCAGGGGCAUUCUAGCUACGGUUUGUUUUUACAGGAGAGCUUGUCUUUGUGAAUCCCUGAACAUCUACACCUGUCUCAGAACUUUGCAGGAUCAACGGCUUGUCCAUAUUAAAUUUGCGGCCUCACGAGUGCCUUUACAGUCUCCUUGUCAAGCCUCCUCUCUUUCCCUUGAACUUUGUGUGUUCCCUGUGGUUGCGAGAGCCCUGCUAUUACACCUAACCUCAGGCCAGCAGGCUGGUUUUCGCCGGGGGAAUGCGAUUUGGCAGCGCGACCAUGCAAGUUGAGGCUUCAGACGAGGACUGACAGACACCCUGGUUGGGAGGUUGCAGCAGCAGAGAAUGCAAGGGAGGCAACCUUUUGAGGAACGGGUUCACGUCUUCCAACCGGGUUUGGUCUGAGAGGUCAAUGGACACGACUCAGAUGUCACAUUCAGGUGGUCGAGAAAGCGGAGAUGGAGAUGCUCAGGUCUUCGCCAGCCAGGCUGCCCAGGAGAUAAUGCAACUAGUCGUGAGCCACCAUGACUCCGAGGAGCUCGAGCAAUCGUCCACGCAGGAGCGGACGGCCCCCGCCGUUUCCGGGGCCAGGUCUGUGAAGGGGGGGACGUCGAAGGCGAGCGAGGAGGAAUUAGGGGAGAGCCAAGGGGAUGGGGGUGGAGACCAGAGAAAGCGGAAACUGAGCAAAGUGCAAGUGCGGGAACUAGAGAAACUGUACCAGGGGGGGUACACGGGAGCGCCAGCGGGUCGUGCUGCGAUCGCCGCUGACUUGGGCACCACCGAGCGCCAGGUGGCAAUCUGGUUCCAGAACCGGAGGGCGCGGCAGCGGAGCAAGCAGACGACCCAGGAGUACGACCUGCUUAAGAAGGACUUCCGGCUGAUUCUGCUAGAGAACAAGCGGAUGCGCCAGGAGUUGACCGAGCUCAGGCUUUUAGUUGAACGAUCAGACGCCACCCCAGAUCACGCCUUCCUCAAUUUCUCCGCAAGCGAGAAAGAGAGCGCCGCGGCGCGUUUUGACGCCGCAGAACCUGCGGGGCAGCGAGCGCUUAUGCCGGCGUUGCACUCGCCUAUGGUGCCGAUUCGCGCGCCUGGGGGAGUGCUGGAAGCGCCAGUCGAGAACCCCCGGGAAAGUUUACCCAGAUAUGCGGAAGGCCCGCCUAGCCAUAAGCGGUUGCGGGUUGACCCUCCUAUGGCGACCGAGGGGUUCGCAAGCGAGUCGGUGCAUCCGGUUUUCGGCGACGUUGACUUUACGGAUGAGUUGUGGGACAGCGUAAUCUCAUCGCUGGAGCAGAGCUUUGGGUCCGAGGUCAUACAGGACCUGUUCAGGAACGGGGACGCGUUCGCAGAACUGGGCUUGCCUAAGCCGCCGAAGUAUGGUUAUAGCCUGAGCCUACAAGAAACGAGGCCGGGGGAGUGCCACGUGAGCCACGUGGACCACGUGGCACGAGGGAGGACUGACGCGGGGGAUCUGAGUCUUGUGCAAUCGGCAUUGGCGUUUCAGAGCGACGAUUACGUAGGUAUCAACAGUCCGUGUUGGGCGGAUUUGUAAAGUUGCAGAGGCGCGUAUUAACGUGGCGAGUUGCAAAGGUAGUCAGGAAACGAGUUGUACUACUGGUGGUUUCUGUUUAUUGCUGGUGCUCUACGAUUCAAUGCUAGGCAUCCUCCAUUCAAGUUGCGGGCGCAAGUGUCGGUUAGAAGAUAUUGGGAAUUACAAACCCGUGUGACGUCAAACAUGACUUAGCUAUUACGUUGAAAACCUUGUGGUAAUUUGUGAGAAGUUGGAAGUAAAAUAUGCCGCAUAGCGUUCUGAGUACGGUCGGGAUUAUUGCCUGACAAAGACAGGAUUGCAGUGCAAUUGCUGCAGUGGUCGAGGUACUGAUUGGUUUCAGUGGUACCAGUCAAGAUGUAAACUUACGCAAGUGGGUCAAUUGAGUUGAGCCGGCACUCGUGCAGCGGCUGCCGACCCGUCAACCAGUA